UGUGCAGUGUAAACCCAUUCAAAUAGGUCUUUGCCCUUAACACCUUGUCUUCUUAAACUUCACUUUUCUGUGGUGCUUCCUGUUCUUUUCAUCUGCUCAGCUACAUUCCUCAAGGGCAAAGGCUGCUUCUCCUGUUGAGCUCCUCCUAGCAUAGAACGAAGCACAGCAUAAUAAAAUUUGUAAAAACGUUUUGAUAAACUAACCAACUUUCAACACGCUUUGGCACACCCACUCAUUGAAUGCAUCCAGCAAAACUGAAGCAAGGAUCUUCCCUAUGUUUGGAGGGAAACUAAGGUUUGAAAGGUGGAAGAGAGUAAGUUCUCACAACUUUGAUAGUCUGCUGUUCCCUUUGUUACUAAAAGUCUUAAAAAUACCUAAAGCUGAACAGCAGGUUUUCUUGAAUCAUUACGUGUUAUGUUUACCCUACUAAUAUUUAGGUAGCUAAAGCAGCUUUCUAUAGGGCAGCUAGGGUAAAAUUGGGACCAUUUAACACAGGGUGCCUUUGAAUGAAACCCAUUAUAAGUGUAUUUACAUAUUGCAGAUUUCAUGGAUAUAUUCAGAAAUAUUAAUGCAGCAUAAUUGAAGUCUAAUAUUGCACCCUCAAGCCCGGAGUGGAAAAUAAAUGACUCUUUUUCCCUCCUGCCCCUUCUACACCUGUCAGAGUUAAUGUUUAACCACUGGCGCAUUGCAAAACAUUCAUCCUGAAGAGCCUGAUUCAUAAAUCUUGUUUUAAAUGCACUGGGCUUGGUUUUCAACCAAGACUAAAGCAAGCACUAAGGUAGAGGGAAAUGACUUUCAAAGAGUUUUACUUUUCUCUGAUUUAUUUUUUAUUGGGUUUAAAAUGUGGUCUUACAUUAGAGGGUUGUUUCAAAGGUGAGAAAUGAAACCUUGAAAAAACUUGAUAUAUUUAGAUGGGUUGGAAUAAACAGAGAGGCAAGCCAUACUAGGUUUUAUCAUGAAAUAGGAAGUUUUGUUUGUGCUCUGAAAAAGAAACCCAUUUCAGGGUGUGUAUAUUGGUGGGGUAUAGGUCAACUUUUGUUUUCACAGUGCUGUCUUCUCUUUUUCUGCAAGGACAGCAUCUGAGAGGGAAGGAGUACUUUAUUCUGCUGAGCAACGGUCCCAUCUUUUAUACAUUUCGUAGAAUGUAUCGUAUGUAAAUCUGGAUUUAUUUAGAAGUUCAAAUGGACGUUUUCCUUAGUGCAGGGUCAUUAAGAGCACUGGAUAUGGAGUAAAGAAUUUGCAUCAUACUGAAAGGCUCUUCUGUCCUAAUUCGUGUUAAGUUAAAAUUAUGAAGGGAGGUAUUCAUUUAACCCUUAAACGAAGAUUUGGGUUCGUUUAUUUUUUUCCUUCUCACUGCAUUUUUUUUUUAAAGAAGUUGUGCAGGGUGCAAGCUGGUUGUGGGAUAGUCGCUGUCUGAUGGCGAUGUGCACAUGGGAGAUAGUGUUCAGUCUAUUCUUUCAAACGUAUUUUAAUGAUUAAGGAUAUUUUUCCUGACAAGAUCACACCUGCUGAGAAAUGAAAUGUGGCCUCUUUUUGCCUCUGAAAUGAGUUUUACAAAACUUUGAGGAAAGGAAAAGUAGUAAGACAUAGUGUUUUGAAGACUCCACAAGGUAAAGUUAGUUUUCAGUUACAUGUGUAAGUUUUGCAGUGUGGCUGAGUCUUUGGGUCUCCAAUAAAUGUUGGCAUUAAAAUACAAGUUUUUUUUUAAAAAGGACUUAAGGAAGGGACACCUUGGUGGCUCAGUCAGUUGAGUGUCCGACUUUGGCUCAGGUCAUGAUCUCACAGUUUGUGGGUUCCAGCCCCACGUGGGGCUCUGUGGUGACAAGUCAGAGGCUGGAGCCUGCUUUGGAAUCUGUGUCUCCCUCUUUCUCUGCCCCUCCCUUCCUCUCCCUCCCUCUCUCUCUCUCUUUCUCUCAUUAAAAAAUAAACGUUAAAAAAAAUUUAAAAAGGGCUUAAAGAAAGUGAAAAACAUUUCCUAAGCUGUUAUAACAUCUGUGUGUUCCAUUUAUUAUUUGUAAGUGAAUCCUACGUUUGUGUGAUACUUUGGGAUAGUGGGAGAUGAAUGAAAUACAGUACACAGAAAGUUGAUCCUUUUCUCCCAAGGAGAAGUUACUGAUUCUGUUCUACCAGCAGAGGGCUCCCUUUUUAAGCUAAUAAAGAAGCAGUAUGUGUCUCGCCCAUGACUUUUCAAAGACUGAAAUUGAACCAGGGAAAAAACUCAGCUCACACUUUCAGUAAUGUAAUAGAACCUCUGUGGUAGAGGAUUGGACAUAUCGUGAGACAUUAGAAGCAGAGUUUUCAAAUCUCUCCAAGUGGAAGCUGUUAGGCUUUCCAGUGGUCAGUGUUCUGUGACAGAAUACUGUUGGACUAGUCAAUAUUUUAAUCUUGGGGAAGUUUUGACAUGGAACAUCAUGUAAAUUUAGACAGAUGCUUAAGAGACCGGUGUUUCCAAGGUUUCUAGCUUUAGAGAGACUAUUUUUAAAAGUAGGCCAAGAUUCUGCAGCUCAGGAUGCAAAGGUUUUCUCUGAACUCGCCUUACGUCCCUGUGAUCAGCAGGCAGGAGCUGCGAGAUUCACUUAUAGACUCUUUUCUUCCCACUGGCAAGUAGGUUUUUCAUGCUUUAUCAGUCACACCAAAGGCAAGUUUGUAAAGACCCCUUGCCUGCGUGGACUUUAUGGUCCCCACCUAGAUCUUCCUUUAGCACUCUCUACAUAUGACCCUGGGGUUCCCUUCCUGUACAGAGUCUGAGUGUCUUACAGACAGAUCCUUGUUGCCUCGAAGAGAACUAGAAGGUGUUGUUUUUUUUUUUUUAAACCUUUAAAUAAGCUAAAAAUAGAGAACAGAAAAAGUCAGUUUUGUUAUAGGUGUGAAUUUUUUCACAUGUGGCCUUUAAGACAUUAACUUAAGUUUCACUUGUUAAUUUUAACUUUAUCUGGCAGAGGGAAGUAAAGACAGGGCCAGUGGGUGGAGAAAAAGGAGUUUAGGACUGAAUGUCAGAAGGCUAGGUUGUGGCCCCGGAGCUUUGAUCUUGUGCAAACCCCUUCGAUCCCCCUGGAUCAGGAUCUUGUGUGUGUGUGUGUGUGUGUGUGUGUGUGUGUGUGUGUGUGUGUGUAGCAUGAGGGAUUUGCUCGAAGUGGUCUUUGGAUUACUUUCUGGUUUUAAAGUUAGUGAUUCUGUGAUUUUCCAUUGUUAAGGUUCUUGGGAUAUUAGUAAAGCCAUCCAUCUAUGCUGAUGCAGAGCGAAAAUUUUCUUAGGUCAAAUUUUAGUGUGGUCCAUUAGCACUUUCUCAAAGGACACAGAUCCUCUGGAAAGGCUCAUGGGCUCCUUGCCCUCUCCUUUGCUCCAUUUAGCAGUCACAUGAACUGCAUGCAGACACAACUUUUAAUUACCAGACACUUCUAGGGCCAGUUAAACGUGAGUGGAAAUUGGCUUCAUAAAAGUAUCUCGCAGAGUAGGGUUUUUCUGCUCCUCUUCAUGAGGUCGUGGAGCGUAUGGGAUCUACGUCUUCCCCACCAAACUCUCCUCCCAGGAUCAAACGUUUUUUUCAACCCUGUACCCUGCUCAGUUCCUCCGUAGGGCUUUCCUCUUACACCUGCGGGGCUGUCUGUGCUGGUGUGUGGGAGGAGGUGGACACGAGCAAGGCACGGUGUUCUGGGCUGUUCGGAGAGGUUCAGGCCUUUACAAGCAAGGCUUUGAUUCUAUUUUUGCUGAACUAGCUCAGCCACUUCCUGUGUUUGGCCGUGCAUAGUGCCUCGCUUCACUGUGGCCACUUGAGCCCCGCGCGCUGCCGCAGCCAGUUAGAGAGACUAUUUUAGGUCCCCUCACAAUGGCCUUCUCAUUUCCUUGGCGAAAAUGAGCGAGUUGGGCUGGCAGUGGCCACUUGUUAGCCGAUGACAACUUUGACUUUGACUUGGGCUCCCCUCCCCCACCCGAAAUCCCUAGCUCAGCAAAUAUUUGAACCUGCCCAAGUUAAUCAUGAAGCCGUGAUCUUUAUCUGCGAGACGUGCGAGCGCCGGGGCUUUCUCCCUCCCGCGUACGGCACCACCGGCAGCCAGUGGCUGUGUCCAUGGGGAGCGGGCGGUGAGCGGCGCUGCUGCGGCGGUCCCGUCCCGACGUCCGUGUCGCGCCGCGCGAGCCCGAGGGUCCCGCGCCGCCGCCGCCGCCGCCCCUGCGCUCAGCGGGCGGGAGCGCUGCCGCGGAGUGGGCGCCACCGUGGGGGCGGCGGGGAGAGCCGGGGGCGGCGUUCGCAUUGUCGGAGACCGGCCUGGCCGCGGGAAACUGCAGACAUGCAUAACCUGCAAACAUUGCCUCCUAAACCACCCAAACCCACUACUGUAGCCAACAACGGUAUGAAUAACAAUAUGUCCUUACAAGAUGCUGAAUGGUACUGGGGAGAUAUCUCAAGGGAAGAAGUGAAUGAAAAACUUCGAGAUACAGCUGAUGGGACCUUUUUGGUACGAGAUGCAUCUACUAAAAUGCACGGUGAUUAUACUCUUACACUAAGGAAAGGAGGAAAUAACAAGUUAAUCAAAAUAUUUCACCGAGAUGGGAAAUAUGGCUUCUCUGACCCACUAACCUUCAACUCUGUGGUUGAACUAAUAAACCACUACCGGAAUGAGUCCCUAGCUCAGUAUAAUCCCAAACUGGACGUGAAAUUACUUUAUCCAGUAUCCAAAUACCAACAGGAUCAAGUUGUCAAAGAAGAUAAUAUUGAAGCUGUAGGGAAAAAAUUACAUGAAUAUAACACUCAAUUUCAAGAAAAAAGUCGGGAAUAUGAUAGAUUAUAUGAAGAUUAUACCCGUACUUCCCAGGAAAUCCAGAUGAAAAGAACAGCUAUUGAAGCAUUUAAUGAAACCAUAAAAAUAUUUGAAGAGCAGUGCCAAAGCCAAGAACGGUACAGCAAAGAAUACAUAGAAAAAUUUAAACGGGAAGGCAAUGAGAAAGAAAUACAAAGGAUUAUGCAUAAUUAUGAAAAGUUGAAGUCUCGCAUCAGUGAAAUUGUGGACAGUAGAAGACGACUGGAGGAGGACUUGAAGAAACAGGCAGCUGAGUAUCGGGAGAUUGACAAGCGCAUGAACAGCAUUAAACCAGACCUCAUUCAGCUGAGAAAGACAAGAGACCAAUACUUGAUGUGGUUGACUCAGAAAGGUGUUCGGCAGAAGAAGCUGAACGAGUGGCUGGGCAAUGAGAACACUGAAGACCAAUACUCGCUGGUGGAGGAUGAUGAGGAUUUGCCGCACCACGACGAGAAGACAUGGAAUGUCGGCAGCAGCAACAGAAACAAGGCUGAAAACCUACUCCGGGGGAAGCGAGAUGGCACCUUCCUGGUCCGGGAAAGCAGUAAACAGGGCUGCUAUGCCUGCUCGGUAGUGGUGGAUGGCGAAGUGAAGCACUGUGUCAUCAACAAAACGGCAACUGGCUACGGCUUUGCCGAGCCCUAUAACCUGUACAGCUCCCUCAAAGAGCUGGUGCUACAUUACCAACACACCUCCCUCGUGCAGCACAACGACUCCCUCAACGUCACACUAGCCUACCCGGUAUAUGCACAGCAGAGGCGAUGAAGCACUUGUCCUCUGAUCCUUCUCCUGGAGCUCAACCACCCCGAGGCCUCUGGAAAGCACAGGGCUCCUCUGCAGCCUGACCUGUAAUUGAGCUGAGGAAACGCAGCCAUCUGCCUUCAGAUGGGACUCGAGCUUUCGACAAAAAAGUAGAGGGGAAGAUACACAGCCUAGCACUGUGCCAGGACCACACGUUUCUGGAGUCCUUGUCCUUUUUUUUAAAUUUUUUUUUUUUAUUUUUUAUUUGUUGGUUUAAUUUAAAGCCACAAGGACACACAACACAAAGAGAAAAAGAAAUGCAAAAAUCUCUGCGUGCAGGGACAAAGAGGCCUUUAACCAUGGUGCUUGUUAAUGCUUUUUGAAGCUUUACCAGCUCAAAGUUGGGACCUUGUAGACCAGAGGGUGGACGGGCUCAAGAGCCCUGGCCUGGGGACGCUCGAGCCGGGCUGCUUCAGCCUGGGUAUGGGCUGUGCACGGUGGACCCAGACACAUCGCACUGUGGAUUAUUUCAUUUUCUAACAAAUGAACGGUAUGUAGCAGAAAGGCACUUCGGCUCACCAGAGACGUUUUGGGAGAACGUCCGCUCACGUACGUUCAGAGGAAAUUCUGUUGUAGCUGAAUGCCAGAAAGUGUUUCCUUUAAACUUUAAAAACCACCACACCAACAGAAAAAUGGAGCUUGGAAAACCGGACUUUAAAGGACAUUCAUUAUAUAAAAUAUGUACAUAACAAUGGAUGACUAACUAUCAAAUAGAUGGAUUUGUAUCAAUACCAAAUAGCUUCUGUUUUGUUUUCCUGAAGACUAAAUUCACAGUGCUAUGCAAUUCUUAAUUUUCAUUGUUCUCGGUUUUAAAUGUACCUUCAGAAUAAGCUUACCCCAUCCCAAUUUUUGUUGCCUGAAAAUAUUAUUGUCCCUAAUUUUUUUUUGUUAAUAUUCAUUUUGUGAUUUUUUUUUUUAAAGAAGAAAUGUGUACAGGAUGCCAGUAAAAAAAAAAACAAAAAAACAAAAAACAAAAAUGGCUUCAGAAUUAAAACUAUGAAUUAUUUUACACUUUUUCUUGUACAGAGUACUUGGCUGUUAGCCCAAGGUUAAAAAGUUCAUAACAGAUUUUUGUGGACUAAAUGUUUUGUUGGGCAGUGCCUGAUAAGCUUCAAAGCUGCUUUAUUCAAUAAAAAAAAGAGAAAGAUAUAUGAAUAUGACAAAGUAUUGCUGAGUUCAACAAUGUUGUUUCAAAACUCUUAAAAUACGGUACCAGGUAAUGUGUGCUUCAUUAAAAAUUGUGAACUUCUUGAAUCUGGGGUGGGGGUGGGGGGAGAGGUAGCAAAGGGAUGUACAGGUGGGGGGAGGGAGGGCUAGGAUGGUUUGCACUUUCUCCUGAUUACAGAGAAAUGAGUAACUACUUCACUCUUUUCCCACUUGGAUCUGCGAGUUAUUACACAUUAAUUACAAGUACAAGACCUACUGGAACGCUAACGCCAUGGAGCAGGUCAGAGCAUCUAGUUCUUAGGAAGAAAGGGAGCCUCCUGGGGCAGGUCCGCCUUUGUUUGGACCACUGUUUUCAAGGUAUCGUCGCUGCAUUUAGACCAUGUGUCUCUCCAACGUUAGACUACCCAUUGCAACCAUAAAGCUUCAUUUUGGAAGAAGCAUGAUCUGAAAAACUAUUUUCAAUCCGCCCAUGUGUUAUUUUCCUAGCUUUCCAUUCAAUUGAGAUCAUAAAGCAAAUAAACAGGAUCCUCACCGUUACUGCGUUGGGCUGUGUCGAGCUCGUUAAGGUCCUGGCCGCUUCAGGAAUCCUGACAGUGCUUCUCAUUCAUCAGAGUCACUGUGUGUGUUACACGUCACUGUGGGGAAAGGAAGAGGUUUUAGAGUGUUCUUUCCAAUUCUGAGCAAGAGGGAGAGGUCUCUCUCCCUGACUGACAUAUGCAAAGUCCAUUCUGUUCCACGGAAACUGUCCGUUUGCGGGGUAGCAGCACAGGAUCAGUGUGACGGUCCCUCUCCGGGUAGGUUCAAACAGGAUCUUAAAAAAAUCAUAGUUUUCCUUUCCCAGGAGUGGUUCAGCCACGGCUUGCUUUCUGACACUGGGGAGGGGUUUUUGUUUUGGUUUUCAGUGUUGUUCCUUUUAGAAAUUCUUCUGAAAAUAAUCAGUCUAGCCGCUGACUUCAUCAACUGUAGAAUGUAUUUUUUUCUUCUUUACAUGAUGCUAUGAUGCUAUCCAUACCAAGAGCAAUAGUCAGUCUUAACGGCCAGACUGUCAGCCUUCACACUUGACUGUACUGAUCUGACCGCCUCCCUCUCAUCACACAACUGAGGAUCCCCCUGGGUGUAGUCUGUAAGUGUCAACUUUAAAAACACCCUUCCCCUUCACACAGAAGUCUGACGACUAAUUAAGAGUGGUUUAUCAACUAGCAUUUUGGUGGGGUUUUUUUGAUAGCACAUCCACGUAUGCUGUUAGGUAUAAUUUUCAUUUACUAUCUGAAAUACAAGAUUGAAGAUGGAAUGUUUCAUACCAAGUUUGGUUAAUGUUUCUGGUUCAACACUCUGGCAAGGUGGCCUGGUAUUCAGGCACCUGCCUUAUUUUUGCGUUUCGCAAACAUAAAUGCAAGAGGAAAGUUUCUCUUUGAACAGCAGAGGCAGGAUUCAUCAUUCCCUGUUAUGUCGUAACUCACUAGAUCUGUGAUGUUACAUCUCUGCCAAACGCCUUUUUAAUUGCAUGUAGCAUACCCACCACAUUCGUCCUUAUAGAUGUUUGACCAGAAGGGCUCUUUGCGUUCAAUCAGACAGUCUUCUCCUAAUAACGCUGAGUGGCUCGUGAGUAUGAAUGGAUACAGCAGAGGCAUUCCUGAUAGCAUGCUUUUAUGCAUGCAUUGAUUCUCCCCACCCAAUGUAACAUCCUAAAGAUAAAAGCCAGACGCUAAGCUAGCUGCAGAGAGGCUGGGAUAGGGCUGUACAAGUGGGAGCACCGGGACCUGAUCGUACACACGGAAGAAAAAUCAGAACCGUGUGAAAAGGCAAAAAGCAUGUGUUUGCAACAUCUGACAAGUUCACGGCCCUUGAUAUAUGUAUAUAUGUAUAUGUGCAUGGACUGUUUCCAGUACACCUUUCAGCCACAACAGAUCCACAGUCAUCGAGUUCAAGUACAUAACAAGCAAAUGUCUAGUACAAUUCUUGUGUAUGUGUAUGGGUGGUUUGUUUUUUUUUUUUUCCUUUGAAGUUGCUUUGUCUUAAAAAGGUGAAAACUUUGCAAGUGAAGUGAGAAGUUCAUAAUUCUUUGGCUUUUUUUCUGCUUUUAAAAGUUACUCCUUUGGGGGAGCUGGUCUGGAUGACUCACUUAACUUGGAAAUCCUCAUUUUCGGUGUGUCGAGUCACAAUGUGUUUAUGUGAGCUGUCACUGUGGGGAAUCAAUUGCUUUGUCAUAUAGCUGGUUAUGAACUAGUGACGUGUUUGGGAGUCCUACUGAUGUUCCUUAAUGGGAGAAAAACUCUGCUGGUUUUAACACCUGUGCUUUUGCUAUGCAUGGUAUCCAAGUAGUUGGAGAACAGACCCUGAAAUCUGAGUUCGGGGCCUUUUAAGAAAGGGGCAGUUUAAAGCACAAUGCCUCACAUGGGACAAAGUUUGAAAAUACCAAAUUCUUAUUUUUUAAAAAUCUAGUUGUAUAAAAUACUAGUAUUAUGAGUAGCAAGGGAACAGAAUUGGGUUCAUUGGAAACACUAUUCAACUUAAGGUUAAACUUGUCACCAUGCGAUAGCAUUAGCUGCCCGGGAUGCUGCUAUUAAAAAAAAAGAAAAAAAAAAAAAAAAAAAGAAAAAAAAUUUAAAAAAAAAGCAAAACAAAAAAAACUCAUUUAUAUGUGUGUAUUUUUUAAAGCUACGAUCUGUUCAAUGUUUUUACAAAUCUGUUUAUAUGACAUUGUUAAAAUAAAGUUGGUCUUUUGACGAGAGGGAGGAUGUCAUGGUCAGUUGUAAUUUUGCCUUUACAAGGCAACGGGGGUGGGGGGGGUGGGGGGAGUGUGCCUCCUUGACAUUUUGUUCAAGCUAUAGAUUCAAUGGAGCUAUGUCUUGUUGUUUUAAGUUGCUUUGAUGCAUUGUAUUAGGUCUUCAAACAGAAUAAAGGUUGUUUUGAAACUGAA